AUGGAUUAUGUGACGUGCAAUGUCAGUACAAAGGAAGACAGCCGCAUGGCAGAGAGUUCCUCCUUUCUCCAGAGAACUUUGAUGUUCACGAUGGAUCAUCCCAAUAUGACCCACUCUGUCCUUGCUGUGGCCAGUCAUAGCCCUGAAAUGUCCACUACUGAGAAAAGUGGCGGGAAUGGAAAUGAAUACUUCUAUAUCCUGAUUGUUAUGUCCUUCUAUGGAGUCUUUCUCAUGGGAAUAAUGCUGGGCUACAUGAAAUCCAAGAGGAAAGAAAAGAAAUCCAACUUGCUGCUGCUUUACAAAGACGAAGAGAGGGAGUGGGGCCAAGCGAUCAGGCCCCUGCCGACCAUCUUGGACCUGAAGUCGGUGCAGAUCCCAAUGAUGCUGAACAUGCUGCAGGAGAGCAUGGCCUGCUCCCUCUGUUCCAUGGAAGGGAGCAGCGUGAGCGAGUCUUCAUUGCCAGAUGUUCACCUCACAAUCCAAGAGGAAGCAGCUGAUGCCGACCUGGGGGAAACGGCUGAAGCACCCUUCCUGAAUGGCAGCAGCGAAGGGUCUUCAGAAAGCAUCCACCAAAGUUCCUAG